AUCAAAGGUUAACCUCAGAAUUCAGGUCUGAUGGCAACUUACACUGUUCCUUCUCAACGUGGUCGAACAAUACCACUGCAGACUCAAGACAGAGACCACCUGUCAGCCCUUGAUGUUGUGUGGGCUAAUAAGUAUGAGGGUGAAAUGUUCCAUCCUGAAAAUGCCCUGGAGAUGGAAGCUGAGUUUUACAAAGGCGCCCCACCCCAAUGGCUAAACUUCUAUUGGGCUGAACAGAAAAACUCUCCUUUUGUCAAGCGGGAUAUGUAUCAACCACUACGAAGCAAGAUCAUUAAAACUACAACAAAAAGAUGGAGCAUUGCGCAUAUUGACUUGUUCCAUGAGCCAGGCAGUGGAGGGUCCACGCUAGCCAUGCAGGUACUAUGGGACCUAAGGAAAGAGCUUAGGUGUGCCAAAUUACUAGAUUCCACGACAGACACAAAGGCAACUGCACAGCAAGUGCUGCGAUUAUUCAAAGCAGGUGGUUCCGAAAACCAAAACACUGUUCUCCUUCUUUUAGACAACAAGUACCCAACUGAGAGUACUGAAUUUCGAGAAAACCUUGAGGAAAACCUCUGUGAUGAAAUUAAAGCAAACAAUAUCACUGCUACAACCCCUGUGGUCAUCAUCUUAAACUGCAUUCGUGAGGGAACCCUGGGCUUGGCAGAUGGAACAGAAAACCUGAAACUGUCCUCAAGACUUUCAAAUGAAGAGCAAAAUAGGUUUAAUGAAAAACAGAAUGACAUAAUUACAACAUAUGGAAACAGACACACUUACUUUUAUGCCUUUAAUAUUAUGCAGAGAGAUUAUGAUCCAACUUACGUUAAAGAGGUCUGCAGUACUCUCCAUCCAUUAAAGAAAAGAAGGAGGUCUCGCAAAGAACAACUUCUGGCAUUUUUGGCACUGAUUAAUUCAUACGUCCCUGGCUCGUACCUUCCCUAUGAUCUUUGUCAGAACUUCAUUAGAAGGGAAAGUAGUAUUCUUGAGGAUUUCUCUUUGGAGCCCUUCACAAACUUUCUGGUCAAAUUCUCAACAAAAAAUGAAGAUGAGAGAAGUGAGGACAUGCAUAUACGUAUGGUACAUCCCAUGGUUGCUAAGGAAUGUCUAACAUUGUUAAUUGAAACUGGCGUAACCAGAAGCGACAUUACAUUGAAGCUAUUAAAAGAACUAUGCAGAGAUUACAUGCCCGUAUGUUUGGUAAAAACGAUCAAAAAAUUACUCACAAAACGAGAAUUUAAGCUGUUCCCCAGUUUGACCUUAGAUAAAUUCUCCAAACUUAUCCUAGAUCUCAAAACAGAAGAAAGACCAUCAAUGUGUGUGGCAGUGUUCAAAAUGGCCUUGAAAAUAUUUACAGAUGAUCCAUAUUAUCCACAAGCACUCGCCCGUUUCUACUACAUCGAGAGGAACGAUUAUGAAAAAGCUAAACACUGGGCUGAAAUGGCAAUUAUCAGGGACGAAAGAAAUUCCUUCAUCAGAGACACCCUUGGACAAGUGCAUAAAAACUGGUUAAAAAACAUUAUCUCAUUAGAACCGCUGCCCUUGCAAAACCGUGAAGCAUAUGCAAAAAAAAUCUUGCAGCAUGGGAAAAAAGCAACUGAGGUUUUUCAAGCUGAAGAAAAAGUUGCUCUGGCAGAGGAGGCACCAGCGAUGCAAGACCAUGGCAUUACAAGCACAUCUACCAUCUUCAACAACCGGGGUAUCUUUGGGUACAUGCAAGUAGCAAACAUAAUUUUUGACAAUAUCAAAACUCUUCACGGGGAAUGGCCCAAAAUACUUACAAAGGAAAUUUCCAUGCACAGUUUUCUCAACUCUUAUGGACGUGGCAGAUGUGCCAAGUAUAAGAGUCUCAUUACAAGUCUAAGAGAUGAAGUUGAAAACAAAUUUGAAUUUUUUGAACAGUAUCUCCUUUACUCGAAGCCAAGCAUCCACAAAGACGAACCAAAAUACUUUAGGCGGGUAGUUGAUGAAUGCUACCUGAAUUUCGUUACACAAUCCCAAAACAACAAAUCAGCUCUUCAGAUCCUGAAGGAAAAAAAAGCCAGCACAUUUGCAGGAUUACUAUCCACACAAUACCAGGAGACUGAGCUGGAACUGAUCACUGAACAGUGGAAAGAAAUUUUUUUGCAUUCACAGAGUGAUGCCCAGAUUGUCCAAAACUAUAUUGUUACAAAUGUUAUGCUAAGUCAAAUGAACGACAAAUCCACAGCACUCAGACCACUUGAGGAACUUCAGGAACUGCUACAUAAUCUCUGGACAAACCAAAAAGAUAAAAGAAGUCCAGAGUUCUACCUCUUGGUCCUUCUGCUCUUUUGGCCUGAUCCGCAACAAGGCGAACACAACUACAACCAUCCGGACAUAUCUGAAUGUGUUAAAUAUAUGCAUCGUUCCUUUGAAAGAACAUACAAGAAUUACCUGCGCUCUCGCUACCUGGAUCCUCUCUUCUUCCUCACUUCAGGCCAUGGAUUACAGAAGUUUGUCCAUAAAUCACAUCUGGAAAAAAAGUCAAUUAUUCACCUUACUAAAGAAUGUGAAAUACCAGAACUACGACGUAUAAGAGGAGAGGUGAAAAAUUAUAAGGUUUUUGCUGUAGAAGGUGCUGCGAGGAUUGAGGUUUCUUCCAAUCAUCCAGCCAGUGUGCACAGCCAAGGCAAUGUUUCCUUCUAUCUUGCCUUUAACAUCAAGGGACCUGUUGCUUACAACAUCAAACAUGAGCAAUGAAGCUAAAGAUGAGAAGAUUAGAUAUGAACAUGAUCUCCAGUCAAUCCUUAUAGUCACGGCCUCUGGCAAAACAACAAAACAAAACAUGAUGAGCUUCGUUUGGGACAUGAAGGGUCCUAUAAUGUUACUUUUCCAUAACAUAGAUGGAUAAUGUUCAGUGCAACAGGAAAGUGCUAUGGUUAGAGAGAAACUGAAACUUUACUUCACAGCAAAAGAAGAGGAUUACUAUCAAAACAGUCUUGGAACUUUCUGAUGCAAGUGCAAUUCCAAAGGCAAUGAACCGCUGUGGUUUAAACAUCUUCCACAUCUGUAAGUCUUGAUCUGGUACCAUGCAACUAUUGUGUUUCCUUUCCACUUAAAGAGUCUCUACUGUAUGUGGUCACAGGCAGCUUUUCACCCAAGGUUACAAGUAUGGCGUGAUGCAAGAAGUGCAUUGGCAUACUAAAAAAGUAAACCUGUCCGUGAUUCAGAG